AUGUUUGAAAAGAUUGCUUUCUCAUUCUUCUUUUGCUUUCUGCUCUGUGCUCUUUUCCCCCUGAGAUUAGGGACGCUCACAUUCUGCCUUGAUGGGGGAAAAAAGCCCAUGAAACGAAGCAGAGUGUUAGGAAGCGAACUGUCGGCUGGCUGGAGUGAGAAUUUAAUCCGACUAAGAGAUCCCGAGGAAGGCCUCGAGAGUGACAUCCCACGUCCCAGGCGACACGGAUGGAAAACGAGAGCAUCAACUCUUGGUCGGUCUGCUUAA